CUCAGCUGUUGCUCAAACACAGAGAGAAGAGCCGCCAGCAGACUGUAACGCAGUUUAUCUCUGAACUUUGACUCGCAGAGCAACAUAAAGCACUGCAGAAAGAAACAAGAGAGCAAAGAACAAUAGAUUAGAGUAAUAUCUCGUAAGUGAGGGCUGACUACUACCUGAAGCACUGAUGGCUGCAAAGGCUGGCAGCGCGUGUGUUGCCAUGACCCUCCUCAUCAUGUGUGUUCUUGGAGGCCAAGCGCUGGACCUGCUGAGGGCAACUGCAACUUCAGGGUAUCCUCCCCCCACUCCCACAGUGCAUUGCUGGUGUAUGAGCUAUCCAAACAUGACUCUUUGCUCCUGGCCUGAACCUUCUCGCUCCCCACCAACACAUUACAUUGCCACCUACAGCGAGAGACACGGACAGCAGGUCACCAAGAAGUGCCAUCUCAUCCAACCUGGCUCUUCAUCCUCUACUCUGAUAUCAUCUUCAACUGAACGGCUGUGGCACUGCCAGCUGCCCAACCUGAAACUUCUCACCGACUACAUAAUCAAUGUCACCGCUGUUUAUUCUGUUGGAAGCAGCUCUCAUCUAUCAAGUUUCAUGUUGGAGGAUAUUGUGAAACCAGAUCCUCCCCUAGACGUCCGGGUAUCCCCUCAUAAUGUCAGAAACUUGUUGGUGGAAUGGUCUCCUCCCCCUACUUGGGCUAACCUGGACAUCCUCCCCCUAAAAUACCAGAUACUGUACCAGUGGCAAAACAGGGGCACCCCAAAGUCUGUCAAUCUGGGUCCAUUUGAGAGCACCAAGGUUGAAUUGAAGGGGCUGACACCAGGAAGGCUCUACCUGUUCCAGGUGUGUGCAAAGGAGCUGCUGGGUUUGGGCGAGUGCAGCGAAUGGAGCUUACCUGUUAAAAUCAUCAUACCAAGAGCAAGGCUGUAGAGGCUCACUCUCACUUCCUGUUUUAUUUACCCAAUCUCCUUUUAAGCUAGCAGUAAAGUAAAGCUGAAGAACUGCAAACAGGUUGCAUCUUUGUUGUUUUAGCUGCACAAACAAUGCAAGCAAUACUUAUUUAUAUUUUCUUUUAUUUAUAAAGGAAUAAAUGGAUAUUAUUUGUACAGUG